CCUCGACCGACCGCGGCCGGCGCAGCUACUCGCGCGCCGCGGAGCCUCGGGAGAGGCGGAGGCUGCCGGACCGCCGAGCUGUGCAGAAAAAGGCCCUGGGAUGAGCUUGGGCCCGGUGCACUAGACAAUGAAGCCGCGGGCGCUGCCGCCCGCCGCGGGCCCUGCGUACCCAGGCCGCACCUGCCGGCGAGGCGGGUUCCGUGCCUGAGCGCCCGCCCGGCCCCCCAUGGCUCGGCUCCCCGGGCGCGGACCCCGGCAGUCGGGCCGCGUGGCACGCGGACGGGCGGACUCCAGGGGCGCUGUUCCCGCAGCUUGAGCGCGGGCCUCGCUGCGCGCGGGGGGCGUGGGCGCCGCUCCCUGCCCGCCCGGGCUCUGCACCUGGCCAGCUCUGCGCCCGAGGCGCGCGUCCCGGCGGUCGGCGGCGCUGGAUGCAGCCCGGCCUCGGAGGGCGGCGCGGCGGCCGCGGCCCCUGGGGACAUGUACCUGCUGGACAGCAGCGGCGAACCCGCGUCUUUGCCCGCAGACGCGAUGUCGCGCGGGACGCCCCCCAGGAAGACCGUCUACCGCAUCUCGGUGACCAUGGUCAGGAAGGAGCAGCUGGCCGCUCCGGCUCCGCGUCCUACUCGGUGGCCCCGGCCCGCGCGCUCCCCGGAGGCGCCUGGGCGGCUGGAGGAGGAGGCCGAGGAGGCGGCGGCUGAGGAUCCUGAGAUCGGGCCGCGCGCCUGGGACUUCCGCGCCUUUCGCACACGCAGCACCGGGCAGCUGGAGCUCGGGCGGCUACGGCCGUGCUCACGCGGCGCGGAGCCCGCGGACCUGAUGGGGAGCCCCACGGCUGAGGCGCCCAGCAGUCCUGACGGGGAGGAGGCUCGGGCCGCGCCCCUGCGGCGGAGCCUCAGCUUUAGGCACUGGAGCGAGCCCGAGGCGCCGCGGAGCCCUGCGCUGAGCGGCGGGAGGCGCCACAGCAGCUCUGGAAGCCUGGCUUGGGCGCCGGACGACGAGGUCGAGGCGGACGUGGUCCCGGAGCCGGUGGCCGGGGCGCAGCCGGCGACAGAGAAGCGCAACACCUUGGAUGUGGGCGAGGUGCUCAGCAAGAACGAUGCACUCUCAGACCUGGAGCGCUGGGAGCGCAGCAAGAGCAAGAACCGCACGCUGGACAACAGCGACCUGCAGCGGCUGGAGCGCGCGCGGGCCGCGGCUGCCGGCCCUGGGGCCGCCUCGGAGCACCGACUGCUGCGUUUCUUCAGUGGCAUCUUCGCGCGCAGGGACGGCGGGCCCUCACCCCGCAGCGGCGCCCUGCGCUCUCGCGGUUACUUCAGCCUGCGGCGGGCCCCGGCCGACACGCACUCGUCCAGCGCCGAGAGCAUCGAGGGGUCCCCGCGCAGAGAUGCUUUCGUGAACAGCCAGGAAUGGACACUCAGCCGAUCAGUACCAGAGCUCAAAGUGGGAAUUGUGGGUAACCUGGCCAGCGGCAAGUCUGCGCUGGUGCACCGGUACCUGACAGGCACGUACGUGCAGGAGGAAUCUCCAGAAGAUAUGGACGCAGGUGGCAGGUUCAAGAAGGAGAUUGUUGUCGAUGGACAGAGUUAUCUGCUGCUGAUAAGGGAUGAAGGGGGCCCCCCGGAGGCACAGUUCGCCAUGUGGGUGGACGCGGUCAUCUUUGUCUUCAGCUUGGAGGAUGAAAUCAGUUUCCAGACUGUCUACCAUUACUACAGCCGAAUGGCCAACUACAGGAACACCAGUGAGAUCCCAUUAGUGCUGGUGGGGACCCAGGAUGCCAUAAGUUCCACCAACCCGAGGGUCAUCGAUGACGUCAGGGCUCGGAAGCUCUCCAAUGACCUGAAGAGGUGCACAUACUAUGAGACGUGCGCCACCUAUGGGCUCAACGUGGAGCGGGUCUUCCAGGACGUUGCCCAGAAGAUUGUUGCCACAAGGAAGAAGCAGCAGCUAUCCAUAGGCCCCUGCAAGUCCUUACCCAACUCUCCAAGCCACUCGUCUGUGUGUUCUGCCCAAGUGUCCGCGGUACACAUCAGCCAGACAAGUAACGGAGGUGGGAGUUUAAGUGACUACUCAUCCUCUGUCCCUUCGACCCCAAGCACCAGCCAGAAAGAGCUUCGGAUCGACGUCCCUCCCACUGCCAACACUCCAACGCCUGUCCGGAAGCAGUCCAAGCGCAGGUCCAACCUAUUCACAUCUAGGAAAGGGAGCGACCCAGACAAAGAGAAGAAAGGCCUGGAGAGCCGUGCGGACAGCAUCGGGAGCGGGCGAGCCAUCCCAAUUAAACAGGGCAUGCUGCUGAAGCGAAGUGGCAAGUCACUGAACAAAGAGUGGAAAAAGAAGUAUGUCACCCUGUGCGACAACGGUGUGCUGACCUACCACCCCAGUUUACAUGAUUACAUGCAGAAUGUCCACGGCAAAGAGAUAGACCUCUUGAGGACCACUGUGAAGGUGCCGGGGAAGAGGCCGCCCCGAGCCACAUCUGCCUGCGCACCGAUCUCCAGUCCCAAAACCAACGGCCUGGCCAAGGACAUGAGCAGUUUACACAUCUCACCAAAUUCAGGGAAUGUCACUAGUGCGUCUGGGUCUCAGAUGGCAAGCGGCAUCAGCCUGGUCUCCUUCAACAGCCGACCCGAUGGCAUGCACCAGCGCUCCUACUCAGUCUCCAGUGCCGACCAGUGGAGUGACGCUACAGUCAUUGCAAACUCAGCCAUCAGCAGUGACACGGGGCUGGGUGACUCGGUGUGUUCCAGCCCAAGUAUCUCCAGCAGCACCAGCCCCAAGCUCGACCCACCCCCCUCCCCCCACGCCAACAGAAAGAAGCACCGGAGGAAGAAAAGUACCAGCAACUUCAAGGCUGACGGGCUCUCGGGCACUGCUGAAGAGCAAGAAGAAAACUUGGAGUUUAUCAUUGUGUCCCUCACUGGCCAGACGUGGCACUUUGAAGCCACCACAUACGAGGAGCGAGACGCAUGGGUCCAAGCCAUCGAGAGCCAGAUCCUCGCCAGCCUGCAGUCGUGCGAGAGCAGCAAGAAUAAGUCCCGACUAACCAGCCAGAGCGAAGCCAUGGCCCUGCAGUCCAUCCGUAACAUGAGAGGGAACUCGCACUGCGUGGACUGUGACACCCAAAACCCUAACUGGGCCAGUUUGAACUUGGGAGCCCUCAUGUGUAUCGAGUGCUCGGGGAUCCACCGGAAUCUCGGCACCCACCUCUCUCGGGUCAGAUCGCUAGACCUGGACGACUGGCCCAUGGAGCUGAUCAAGGUGAUGUCGUCCAUCGGGAAUGAGCUGGCCAACAGCGUGUGGGAAGAGGGCAGCCAGGGACGGACAAAGCCCUCACUGGACUCCACCAGGGAAGAAAAGGAAAGGUGGAUCCGGGCCAAGUAUGAGCAGAAACUCUUCCUGGCCCCACUGCCAUGCACAGAGUUCUCCCUGGGCCAGCAACUGCUACGUGCCACUGCCGAGGAAGACCUGCGGACUGUCAUCCUACUUCUGGCACAUGGGUCCCGGGAUGAGGUGAAUGAGACCUGUGGGGAAGGAGACGGUCGCACAGCGCUGCACCUGGCCUGUCGCAAGGGCAAUGUGGUCCUGGCUCAGCUGCUGAUCUGGUACGGAGUGGACGUCAUGGCCCGAGACGCCCACGGGAACACAGCACUGGCCUAUGCCCGGCAGGCCUCCAGCCAGGAGUGUAUUGAUGUGCUUCUACAGUAUGGCUGCCCCGACGAGCGCUUUGUGCUCAUGGCUACCCCUAACCUGUCCAGGAAGAACAACAGCAGGAACAACAGUAGCGGGAGGGCGCCCAGUGUCAUCUGAGCUCAGCCAACGCUGCACCUGGGAUCCCACGCCCACCUGCUCCGGAAGUUGCAACCACCACGUGAGUCCCUCAGUUCCCUCCCUCUUCCUGGUGGAAGCCUUCCACCUACCUGCCACUCACUCACCGCACUUGAAAUCUCCCGACCUGGACAUCCUCAAGGGGAGAAGAGGAGGCUGCAGGCCACAGGACGGAACUCUUUCCCCACCCUCCAGAAGCAACAUAGGAGGACCGACCACCUCCCGGCUUUGAGGAUAGCACACAACAACGGGGGACCCCUGUUCCAGUGGCCUGGAGACGGGGCAGGGGGAGGGGUAGCAAGGAGAAGGGGCAGCGUCCCCUAGCUGGCAGUUAAGCACAUCAGUACAUUUCACCUCGACCAAAAGGAGGCUUGGAUUUCACGUCUUCUCGGGGGAGCUUGACGGCAUAAAUCAGAAGCAAGCACAGUUUGUCAGGUCUGAAGCCCCUAUGAUGGUAGGUGUCAAAUCAGUUGUAGCUAAUCUGUCCAGGGAGAAUACCAGCUUCAUUACACUUGUAUAGUCGAGUUCCUCCAGCAUUACCGCUGUUUAAUAGAACGUGAUUAGUCAUCACCGGGAAGAAGGCAUAUUAGCCGAGGAGGUAGUUACACGGCACGCUCCGGUGAUUGCCACGAUAUGAUUGCAGUGCGCCUAGCAGCAUCAUAUUAUCCUAGACAUGUCUCUCCAGCCCUUGGAGCCCUCCUUUCUAAAUUCACUGUCAUAAUUUAGUAUCUGUUUAAUUUUUCAGUCCAAAGAGAGGAAAUCAGUUGCCGGGUAUUAUUUGACUUCAGUCCCCUUACUUGGUGCAAAAACAAAAUGGAAAAUAAAUAAAUAAGUAAAUAAAGAGUCACUUGGAAAUUCUAAACGAAAUCAUGAAUUCGGCUGAAAACAGCUUUCAAAUAUGUUCCAAAACUAAAUACAUAAAAGACUUUUUUUUUUCCUAAGAGAUUUUUCUGUACUUUGGCCACAACUGAUGUGUCAGGCCUCAGUCCACAAGGUCUGGAUUACCCAGGUUUCUGUCGUAGAUAAGAUGUGUGAAAAUCUAUUUGAAUAAAAGAAGUUCAUAAAUAUGCAUUGAUUUUUGCACAGACAAAUGGCACCCGUGUUAAUUUAUAAAUUGAGCUGGAUGGGAACUAAUAACAUGCAACUGGUUGAGCUCAGAGGGUUACAGAUCAUUGUCCGUGGGAAGUACUCCCAGCAGUGAACACUUCCAUUAAUGUGAUAAACAGCUUUUUAAAAGGUGCGUAUCAGAAUAAGUCGGUGGCACAAUUUGCUUAUUAAAGUCAGGACAGGAAGCAGGGAGGGGAAGGAGGGUAUGAGCCCUCAUCCCAGAGCCCAGUUUUAGAGCCAAGACCAUCUUCCUAGUCAGACCGAGGGGCUGUGGCAAGAAGGGGUGAUUUCUCAAAACACCAGACCCACGAAGGUACCCUGUGAGCAGCUGCUAGCGGCUCUGGCCCAGCCGGCUCCUGAGAGUCUGUAGACUCCGCCCGGCACGGCCCGUCUGGCUCUAACAUCCGAUUUGCCACCAUAGGUCACAGGGCUCAUCAGAUACCGGACACCUUCAGCACGGUGAUCAGACAGGAACACCAAACCGUGACACUAUUUAGUUCUUAAAAAAAUAAAUUGGGACAGCCUUGCCAGAGAGCCCCCCGCCCCCGUGACAGUGUGGCAGGGAGAAGUCCAUCACACUGGAAGACAGGACGCUGGGCAGAGCCACCACGGCAGCCUGUGGAGACGCUCCCUAUGCUUAUAUAUUUGAACUUUAUAUUUUGUAAGAGUUUUUCCUCCUCUUUAACUUUUUAAAAAAAGAAAACAAAAAACAAAUGUAAAGUAGAUGGGAAGGAAAGUGAAGCUUCACACAGCCUUUAUAUGUGGUGCGUGUCUUGUGGGGCUCUCCGGUCUGGGCACAGCCGGAACUGACCGGGAUCCAGAAAUGUCACAGAUGCGCAAGCCGCGGGUCUGAGGCCCCUGAGCUCAGUUCCAUAAGCCCUGCGUUUGGUUUCUCUUCCUGCUCUCCAUCACUGUGUUGUUACUUUAAAUGUGAAUAGAGAAAACAAGCUGUCAUUGCCUAUUUUUGAAGAAUGCUAUAGCAUCCGACCCCGCGAUCCGCAUACGCCUCCACGUAGCCUUUACCAUAGACUUCUAUAGAGAACACAGAUAGAGUAUAAAUGAGAUUCUUAAAUUAUUUCAGUGUAGCUAAUCCCCACUAGGAAUGCUUCUGUCGUAGGGGAGCCUACUUCAGAAAGGAAGCGGAGUCCUUUGUGAGGCCUCUCUUCGGGGUGUAUAUGAGUGUGUACAUAUUACUGUGUGUUUAUAAUAUGAUAUUUUCCCGAAUGAUUCCUUGUUUCACAUCAUCCUCCGCUGCCUGAAUGCGCAGUUGCUCGCUCUGGUUCCCUCCCUUCCUCCCUCCCUGACACCAUCAGUUCUUCCUCGGAACACACGGCCCCCUCCCCUGCCAGUUUUUGCCAUGCUGAACUGUCCAAGAGUAGCCCACUUUUCAUAAGCCUGAGUUGUGGCAAUAGAUACAAGGGUGGUAGCGGAGCCUCCAGGGUUUUCUGUGCAGAUAAAGGAGAGACUUGGCUCAACUGUACUUGUAUUUCACACCAGGUCCUUCCCUCAACAACAGCCUUCCUGUUCCCAUUUUCAUGAUGACACCAAGGCUGGGAGAAACAGGGACAGGGUUAUGGAUGGCAGUCCCAGUAGCAAACACUUCCCCUAAUGCAAUGCGCUUUUUAAAGAGCACAUCAGAAUGAGAUAGUCACCCGGUUGACUUGCUCAAAUCAAGAAAGGAAGUGGGAAAAGUCAGAGAAGCUGGUUAAGUGGGGGGAACACAUGCGUUCUCACUCCAGACACACUGUUAGAGCUGAGCCCACACUCUCACCAGGCCCAAGCCUUCCUGUUAGAGGUGAAUCUCCUUUCUCGUUGAGAAGUUCCCAACUGGGACCAGCGGCAAAGGGGCCUGUGACUUAUCUGUCAUUUGUCCUGGGGAGUCACUGAUAGAACCAGGCACAUGCCAGGCUCACCUGGGGCUACCUCUGCUAAGCUUCUGAUACCCUCCCCCAGGCCGUGAACAGUGUCAGGAGGGAGAGCAGCCCCAUUCUGAGAAACCACUCUAAUGGUCCGUCUGGUUUUACAAAGAGCUAAGCACUGCUCUCCUACUGUCCCCAAGUGUCACUCAAGCCUAAGACGAGCCUCCUUUCCUGCAACCUCGUACCUAUGCUGUUGGCUCAUCAAGCCUCCUCCUCCCUGUGGUUCCUACCAUGAGGCUGCUGGGGUGAGCACGCUUGCUCACUCAAGGAGCAUACAUGCUCUGUCAGUGCCCUCUUCCCUUUAACUUUGAGCAUCAUAACACCUCAGGUCUUGGGCUUUACUGCCUCUAUCCCGAGGAGCUUAGCCGGAGAGUGAACCCCAGGGCACUCUGUAACAUCCUCCUUUCUCUGUCAAGACCCACAGUGAGUUUGUGUCUAAACUUGGUGAGCCGGAGACUUAACUGGCCAUGAGCCUGAUUUGUGCUCUUGGUUGCCAAGGUUUCUGCCCCUCCUCCCUGCAUUGACACUGUUUCAUGCCUGAGAUGCUCCAUCUCUGUCCCUCCGGGAGACACCCCACAACAGCACAGCUGGGAGGUGUGUCAUCAGGGCCUCCAAACUCCCGAGAGGCUGACCUCUCUGAGAAGCCAGUCCUUGUCUUUUGGUGGGCUCUCCUCUGCUCGUCUGUCUCCAUCCUUCACAUCCUACAAGGUCCCCAAGGCUUUGCUAGAAAUCCCCCCCAGGAUUGUAUUUAUGACUUUGAAGCAAACAAAUUAAAAAGCAGGAAGGAAUUGGAGGAAAUGUGACAUGGAUGAACAUCUCUGCUUAAAAAAAAAUAAAAAUAACAACAGAAUUUAUCCCCCACUGCUUCUGUUGUGAAGGGCACAGCUGGAGGCCAUUUCUGCCUUGUCACUCACCAGAAAGCUACCAGGGCCAUUGGUGCCCAGUGUGCCACCUUCUCUUUCCAUUGUCUCUUAGAUUCUAAGUGGUCCUACUCCUGCCAGGCCCUGGCUAGCAGCACACCAAGAUGUGUGCCUGGUUCAUAACAGGACCAAGUCAUAUCCGGUCUAAGAGAACCACAUGACCCAACUCUUUGUAUCUGGCCUGUUUUAGGCCCUUCUCUUUAAGCAGCUGAGGUGAAUGUUGCAUUCCUUCUUGAGAGGUGAGAAAGGGAAGGGGAGAGGCCAGGCUACUCUUCUGGUGCCACCCCGCAGUCGACCAUAGACCAUGGGCUUUUAAUCCCACCCCUGGAAGCAAGAAGCAGGGACAGUUGAUUAGAGAGUCCAGCCUGGAGUCGGGGCUCAUCUCUCACUUCAUGGGGAAAGAUACCAUCUGGGGCCUCAGUGUUUGAAGAGACACCGUCUCCUCCUGCUCAGAAGUCCUGCCCUGACAGGGCUCUUUCAGCUGCUGAGACCCCAUUUAGUUUCUGGGCCUGCUGCUCUUUGGACCCUGGGUCAGAGUUGCAGUGAGAGAAGGUUUCAUUAUGGAUAAUUCUAGACAGCCAACAAGGCUCUGUGUCCUUAGGUUUUAGCAGAUCUGGGUCAGGCCUGCUUAAGUGCCAUAAGCCUGGUGGCUCCCUGCCCAAGGCAGUGCACACUGAGGGUCCAGGGAGAAGCUGACCUCCCGCCCCUCGUCUCAAGAGGCCAAGUUUCCUAUAGAAGAACAGUAUUUAGUUUGAGUUUGCUCCUGUCUGGUCAGAGCAUCUUAACUGAGGCCUUCCUCUUCCAUAGUGAGCCUCAGGUGGGUGUGGAUACCCAGCACUGGCAGCCACUCUAGGGUCCAAGCAAGUGGCCUCAGGGAGAGAGAGAGAGAGAGGGGGGGGGGUCAGCUCAGGGCUUGUCUUUAUUUUGCUGGGCAUGUGGCAUCUUUUGGGGAGCCCCCAGGGGUCAGGAAUCAAGCCAUAGGAUAGACUCUCCCACCAAAGGGAGGACUGAUCUGGAAUUCUGUGCAGGGAAUGACAUGGCCUUUGUCUUGUUGCGGGUAAAAUGAAGGAACCAAGAGGUGUGAGUGGGUGGGGGAUGGGAUUAGGUCCUGAGGAGAGCCCCUUAAUACACUGUUGCUGGGAACAGCUGCUGUAGGAUCACAUUGUAUAGCAGUGUCUGGGUUCAGGCCUGGGUCCACACUAGCCCACAUGUUAGUGUGGGUAUUAGAGAUGGCUCUCAAAUGCUUGCAGGAAGAAAAGCAUAGCCUCCUGCGUGGCUCAGGUGGACUCACUGAGGGCAUGCACCAAAACAGAAUUUGUAAACAGCCCUUUGUCCACAGCUGAUGUGCUCAGAAGAUGCUCGGCCCCCCAGGCUCACCCAGAUGGGUAGGGAAGGGACCAAGGGUGCUGUGAGUUGGGGGUCCAGCCCACGUGUAGCUUCUAGUUCCUGUUCUUGCAUGCACGCACGCACAUUGUUCACCCACCAACCAAGUCCUGCAGUUUCCUUACCAGGGUAGUCAAGUAGAGAGACCUGGCUAUUGUGUGACAGACAGGCAAAAGAUACCUUCAAAACAUCCUUGUGAUCAGAGGGAAAAGAUGCCUGCACCUCCUGUUGAAAAUCAUCCUUCUCUUGUAUGUAAAACCAUCCCUUUCCCUCCCCUCGUGGUGGGGUUCAGGGGGGCCCAGGGGGUAGUUUUUGUGUUUUUUUUUUUUUUUUCUAAAAUGUACCACUUUCUAAGAUGAGAACUGGUGCUCCAGCCCUGAGCCCUGAGGACUGAAAGAGUGUUGAGUCCCAGGAAGGCACAGAAGGUGACUGGCCCGUUAAAACAGCCUAAGGGUGGACCCUCUUCUUUCCUUCCCCCAGUUCCACCUUGAGUCUUCUUCUUGCCACAGGACCUUCUUUGAAAAAAAAAAAAAAAUGAAACCCCAGACAAGGCAGGGCACCGCUGGCACAUUUCUGGGUAGGGGCGAGGAAGGCCAUCUCGCCUGCCUGGCCACACAUAGAAGGCAGAAGCCCAGUGAGAGCUUCUCCAGAGGUGGGUCGCCAAUCGGGCAUUUUGAUAUUACCUCAUUCCAUGACUUUACGUUUCCCGAUGACUGAUGCUUUAUUUAUGCUGUUUGUCCUGUAAUUAAACCACCCACAGACAUUUCGCUUUGCUUGUUCGUUCAUACGACCUUGUUCGGGUUUAAAUAUGCUGGUUUGUAUUUUCCUGCCUUGGGUCAGCUGUACAGUAUUCUAAGGGGAAAAGGAAAAAGAGAAGCGUGUAAAGUAACGGAGAGAGGUGGCUAUAAUGUAGAGACCUCUUUCUAAUAAAGAAAAGAAAAUAUGUA